GUUGUGUGUGAGAGCAAGUGAGCCAAGUGACUGCUUGUGUGUUGACUGUUGUUGCUUCAUUACAUAUAAACAAUAAAUAAAAACAAGUGUUAAAAAUGUUGUCUUGUACUGAUCCACUUCGUCUCAAUGACAAUAAAUUAUUUAAAAAACUUAAAAAUGCAUUACCAAACAGUGUUAAAGAUACUCAAAAUAUUCUGGAAAUACGUGAAGACAUUUUGUAUGUUUGGAAUCCCAAAAAAUACUGCAUAUUUACAUUGAAUCUUGGAGCUGUCAGAAGUAAUCCCAGUGGAGCUGUUCCAUUUCAAAUACUUCAACCAACUGAUCCACCAAUUUUUGAUAUAACAAAUUUGUUGAUCAAUGAAACAGAGGAUCAAGCUGUACUCUGGGGAAAUUUGGGUAUUGUCCUGGUUGAUUUACCACGUCGUUGGGGUAAAGACAAUGCUUUUCAAGGUGGCAAGGAAAUAAUUUCUUGCAUGAAUUACAAUUUGAAUGGAUACAAUUCAAAAAUUGCUACAGCUGAAAUUAGAAGAGUCCGUUGGCAUCCAGGCUCAGCAAAUAAUUCACAUUUACUUGUAUUGACAUCUGAAAAUACAUUUCAAUUGUACGAGUGUGAAGUAGGCACAAAUCCAAGGCUAAUAAAAACACACAAAAUUGGACAAAUACCAUCACGCUCACCUUCAAAAACAUUACCAAAUAUUGAGGCACUUGGUGAAACAGCAGUGGAUUUUGAUUUUUCAACACCAUCAUUAAAAAAUUGUAGCAAUGAAAAUAACUAUGAAUGGAAUAAAAUUGAAUGGCCAAUUUUGGUUCUUCGUGGUAAUGGAGAAGUCAUUGUCAUUUAUGAAAAUAUAUUUUUCGACAGUUUAAAUACAUCAGAGAAUAGAAAACCACUAACAAUGUAUCCACAAACAGAUGACAAUUAUGGUACUGAUUCAUGUUCAAUAAUGUGCAUACCAACAACACCACCAAUUGUCAUUAUUGCAUCUUGUUCAGGUAAAAUUUAUCACGCAAUUUUACUUGGUGAUAAUAACGAUGAAUACAAUGAAAAUAAUGACAAUAAUUCAAUGAAUAAAACAGAAAAUACACUAUUUGUAUUUGAAAUUGUUGAGAUUGAAUUGGGUCUUUUGUACAAUGAUAAUGACAAAAAAUAUACUUGUCCAAUUAAAUUGCAUCUUGACAGAGGUAAUAAAUCACGUUAUUUUUGUUUUCACAAUGCUGGAAUUCACAUGAUGACUUUACCAGUUGUAUCACAACUUGAAAAAUUUACAAAUUCAAAUGACGAAGAUACUGAUGCAAAUUUACCAUCAUCAUUAUAUCAAUCAAGCUCACAAUAUCUUGUUUGUACAAGAACAAAACAUACUAAAAUAAAUGAAGUUGCACCAAUACUUGGUUUUGGAUUACUACAACAACCAUGCCCAGUAUUAAUUGCACUUCUUCAUACUGGAACAGUUGUUGAUUUAUCAAUUGUUGAUCUUGAUUAUAAACCAACAAAUGAAAUAACAAGUAGUUCUGUUGAUUCAAAUAAAAUAAUACGUCGUGAAUCAUUUGAUAAUUAUAUAAGAGGCUUAUUGAAGCAUAAUUCAGCAUCACAGCCAAUAACACAGCUUGAUGAAAAAUCAAAAAUGUCUGGUAAAGAAUAUCUUGAGUUGCUUUAUCAUGCAACUGAUGUAUUUCGUAAUCAAUAUUUCGAAAAACACGACAGAGUACGUAAAGAUAUUGAAAGAAAAGUUGAUACAUUAAGAAGAUUAAAAGAACAUCAAACACAUGAACUUGAAAUAUUAAUGGAAGCUAAAAAAAAGCUACACAAAAAAGCUGAAGAUUUGGCUGAUAGAUAUGAAGAUAUUAAAAGUAAACAAGAAGAAUUUGCUAAACGAGCUGAAGAAGUAUUACGUCUUGUUAAUUAUAAAAAAUUAUCAAGUAUUGAACAAAUGGAAGCUUUUGAAUUAAAAGAACUUGAUAAUAAAAUACAAGAUUUUAAAACUCGUAUUUGUCAAUUGAAGAUCAAAAGCAAUCAUCAAAAUUCUCAUAUUGAAAAUAACAAAAUUAAAGAAAAGAAAAAUGAAUUAAUUCUUAAUAACAAACAGGAAGAAGCUAUCAAAAGCAACAUUGGUCAAAUGGCAAAGGAUAUUGCUGCAAUGAUUUCGAAAGUUAAAACACUCGAGAAUGAUUUAGAUAUUUAAAUCAGUUAAUUAUUUUUUUUUUUUCUUUUUUUUUUUACCCUAAUUGUAUUGAUUUUUUAAAUGAAAUUAAAAAAAAUAAAAUUAAUAAUUAAAAAAACAUUCAGUUAUAAAAAGCAAAUUUAUAUCCAGCUAAAAAUAGUAUUUGUAAAUGAAGAAAAGGAAGAAAAAUAAAUUAAAUUCAUCAUUUCUUAUGAAAAGAUAUCACUUUAUGUUUUUUUUUUUUUUUAUUGAAUAAAUUGUAUUUAUUCGGAAAAA